AGUUCGAGGCGAGACUUCCGGGAAGAAGAUGAGCGUUGCGGAGGUGUUUUUAUAUACGGAGAUGCUGUUGUAAACCUGGGAAUGCCGAAGAGUACCGUAUCUUGAUAUAAGAUACUUGUGAAAUAUGAAGAUAUGAACCAUAGACUAAUUCGGCAUUGUUGGACCUGAUUACCAAACAAAUCUGUACCAGGAGAUAAUGGGGAUUGUCUCUGGGAUAUUCUGUGGACUUCCCAAUGAUGACAGGAGCUGCUUCUCGGAUCCUGUCAAGCAAGUUUUCUAUGCCAUGAAUAACACCACCAUGCCCACUUCUGCUGGGCCAACCAAUGACUCCCUGGUGGGUUAUAUUCUAGUGCCGUUUUUCCUUAUCACCAUUGUUGGAAUCGUCAUGGCAGUGAUGAUGUAUAUCCAGAAAAAAAGGAGAUAUGAUCGACUACGCCACCAUCUGUUGCCAAUGUACAGUUAUGAUCCUGCGGAGGAGCUACAUGAGGCUGAGCAAGAACUCCUAGUGGAGCCAGAGGACACUAAAGUGAUGCGAGGUUGGGGAGGAUACCAGCCCUAUCGUAAUUCAUUUAUGGAUGUGAAAGCUUGAUGGUACUCAUCUUGGACUGAUCAGAGUGUAGAUGGAUGACCUCUUCUACCUGGCAUGUGUGCCAACUUGAAUGCCAUUAAUGUUGCUGCCUUUCUUCACACUUCAGUACUACAGCCUCUUGCCGUGACUUCCAGUAACAGAAGGUGUAAUGGAUGCCAGCCGUGUCAAGAAGAUUGGCACUGAGCAUCUGGUACAAAGAGUAGCCUAGGGAGUUGGAGAAUUGUGUUUGGAACUAGGACAGCUUGCUAUGUGGCAUCAUUCUUCGUAUCAGCUGAUUUGCAUUUUAUGUGGAUGAUGAGAUACAGGAGUUUAUGAAAUUUCAAGUAAAAUAUUACUGAAUAACUCUUGCAUUACGGGCAUCGAUCCUCAAAAGCUCAGCUUUGUUUUUUUUUAAAAAAGCAAUGCAGUCAACCUCCAUUUUCUUUUGUGAACAAAGAGCAUAAGAAUGCAGCUGCUAUGAUAUCCCAGCGCAUUGCUAGCUGCCUUCUCUCCUUACUUGCCUAAGUAUGUAAAAGGGUGUAUUAUUUAAAGUUGUUGGGAUUCCUGUAAUGUAUUGCUGAACUGAUGCGAGCAAAGUGAAUAAAAUUGCUAAAUGCAUAACUUGG